AUGGCGGAAUUUUUCCUUACAGGGCGGUACGAGACAUCCUCCCCUGCUGAAGAUGAGACUGCUGUAAAGGAAUCAACUCCAGGGGAAAAUUCAAAAAAAUCACAGGAUAAGGUCAAGGUUACAGUCAACCCAUACGAGCCUCCAAUUCCCUUUCCACAGCAGUUGAAUAAGCAUAAAAUGGAGCAGCAAUACAAGAAAUUUCUAGAAGUCUUCAAAAAGCUCCAUAUCAACAUCCCACUAGCCGAUGCAUUAUUACAAAUGCCCAGCUAUGCAAAAUUUCUGAAAGACAUAUUAUCAAAUAAACGCAAGCUGGAGGAUCAUGAAACAGUAAUGCUAACCGAAGAGAAACUAGGAUUGGGAGAGCCUAAAGCAACUACAGUAACUCUACAGUUGGCUGAUCGAUCACUUACACAUCCACGAGGGAUUAUCGAAGAUGUAUUGGUCAAAGUGGAUAAACUUAUAUUCCCAGCAGACUUCUUAAUCCUGGACAUGGAAGAAGACAAGGACGUGCCUAUCAUAUUGGGACGACCAUUUUUGGCUACUGCAAGAGCGCUCAUAGACGUACAACAAGGACAAUUGACAUUGAGGCUGGGGGAGAAGAAAGUCUCUUUCAAUGUUUUCAAGUUUGAAGGUGUAAGGGAGAGUCAAGGUGGUAUUGAAGACGAUAUCAGGCAACGAACUCAACCUUAA